CGCUAGGGGGCGCAGGACAGAAGACUGAUCCAAACACACGGAGGAUGAUGUUGACACCAUUGAUGGGAUUUAGACUGGCUAGCAAAGUCCAUCCAGCUCUCCUGAUCAAAUGAAAGAGGCAAAAUGAGAGGACUGUGGAAGUUGACAGUGACUGCUGUAGCCCGCGGUGUUAGACACAUUCCCUUCAGACUCCACAGUGGACGGCCUCCUGCACCGCUAGGAGCCAGAAUUCUAACCAACCCCGACGACAUCUUCCAGCAUAACAUGUGGGAUCAUGUUCAGUGGUCACCGGAAGAGUUUGAAGAAGCCAGACAAAAAGCAGAAGAAAACUCCAGAGAACGGAUUCCAAUAGAAGAGCAAGUUAGGUAUGACAGAGACGCUAACAUGUAUUGGAACGGAUUUUAUGAGAUGCACCAGAACAAGUUCUUCAAAAAUCGGCAGUGGCUUUUCUCUGAGUUCCCUGAGCUCUUGCCCCAGGGCUGUGAGGCAGACCAUACCUCAUGGGGGCAGGAGAGUGGGGUGACUGACCUGAACAGCCAAGGAGGCUGUCACAAAGACUUACUCAUUGACCUUCCUGUACUUGGACAACAGCAGCAGCACAGCAGUUCCAAUUCUGCAGUAAAAUCUCACAAUAGUGUUGCUUUCCCUGGACAACAUGCUUCCUUCAGGAUACUCGAGGUGGGCUGUGGUGCCGGCAACAGUGUGUUCCCCAUCAUCAACACCAUCAGGGAGAGUAAUGCAUUCCUGUACUGCUUUGAUUUUUCUUCUCGAGCGAUUCAGCUUGUGAAGGAGCAUCCAGACUACGACCCCGCAGUAUGCCAUGCAUUUGUGCAGGACGUGUGUGAUGACGCACCCCUUUUUCCUUUUCCUUUUGAGAGUCUGGACGUUAUUCUAGUGGUUUUCGUGCUGUCUUCCAUCCAUCCUAAAAGGAUGCAAGGAGUGCUGAAUCAUCUGGCUGGCUAUCUGAAGCAUGGGGGAAUCAUCCUGUUCAGAGACUAUGGCAGAUAUGAUUUGUCACAGCUACGAUUCAAAAUAGGUCAGUGUUUGUCAGAAAAUUUCUACACACGACAAGACGGAACCUGUGUAUAUUUCUUUACUAAAGACGAGGUCCAUCAGUUGUUCACUAAUGCGGGCUUGGAAGAGCUUCAGAACCUGGAGGACAGGAGGCUACAGGUGAACCGAGGAAAAAAAAUAGUGAUGCACAGAGUUUGGAUGCAGAGCAAGUAUCGGAAACCUUGAAACAUGCUGACAACAUGGCCUCUGUAGAGCAUGGACCACCCAACGUUCACAAAAAGAGGACCACCGUGAUGACUUUAAUGAAACAUGCCAUUUGCAGUACAGAAGAAAAUGUCUAUGAUGACAGUAUUGACAUCUCCCGUAGCUUCCUCUGUAAUUCCUUGAUGUCUCCUGAUGGGUGUUGUAAGAGUUGACAUUAACAGAAAAGCCUUUCAUAAGAUGGUACUUCUAAAAGUCAAAGAAAUGAAGAUAUCAAAAUGGGAUCUUUUAAUAAAUAGUUUUUUUUUGUAAAACCUAUUCUGAUUAUUACUUUUUUGUCUUAUGUGAAUGAAGAUAAUAAUAAAAAUAAUAAAAAAUAGUAAAAGAUAGUAUAGACCAGUAAAUGUUGAGCACCAACAUUGUAAUGAGGUACAGAUGAUGCUUUAUAAUGAGGGUACAUGUCUGUGUAGCCUCUAAACUUUAAUGACAUGCUGUUACGUUUUACUUUCUGGAGGAUACAGAGCAACAAUGUAUUUAACUAGUGGAAUUAUUAAUUUAUUACCUGUUAACCAGUGAAGUGUUUAUACUAAAACUUCAGACCCCAGCCCACAUAACUCUAAAGUGUUUACAGAAGCUUUUGCUAGGAAGCUGCAUAAAUAUGAGUUGAUUAGUUAUUGAACGCUCUUAUUUUUUUUGCAUUAAGCCACACAGUUC